AAAAAUUUUCUCGAAUAGGAGGAGUUUAUUAGCUUGAGAAUUCUUUUCCAGCAUAUAGUUAUUCAUUUCCUAAGCACCUUAAAUAAUUUAUUCCAUCAGAUAAGUGGCAUGAAGGUCAACGAGAGGAUACACAGAAGGAGUUGCACCCAACAAGAGGAGUUAUUGAAGGAGAUAGAGCCAAGGCAUUUCAAUUACAGGUUGAAGUUUUUCAUCUCAAGCAGAGACUGCAAUCAAAACUUUCCAUGUGUAGUGAAAAGCAAACACGAAGGAGUCAAUUUACACAUGAUUCGUGAAGCUGUCUAUCACGGGACCAUACACCGUACCAUUCAUCAUUUUACAUUUUCUCAAAUGCGUCACUCGCUUCAACACGCUUUGAGAUUUACACCAUAAUUGUCUUACCCUAUGAGUUGUGAAGAUGAGGUAAGGUGAGUGCACAGCACAUGCUUGAUGAAUUGAUCACUCAAACAUUGCAGAAUGCAGAGUAUCAAAGUGAAUUAUAGGGAACAGUAAGUACCAUCAAUUUAGGAACCAACAUAAAUAUACAAGUUGAAAAGAACAUGACAAAAUAGCCCAAAGAUAGGUUCACGGGUCACUACACUAUUAACCUCUUUCUAGUAAAAUAUAAGAGUGCGAAUCCCACUAGCUACAUGCCAACAAUUCAUUUCAUACUAUAGGAAAAUUAUCAGGUGUUCCUCAGAACAUCGGUGUUCCAGUUGUUUUAACCGUUGAUUUUAAUUAAUAUAUAUUAUAUAUAAUUUUUAUAAUUCAGAUCAACGAUUAAAACAACUGGAAUACCGGUGUUCCUGGUACACCUGAUAACCUUCCCAUACUAUAUAUUUCAACAAUAUUAUUUCUUUAUUGCAAUCCAUUUAUCAUUACAUUUCUGUACUCUCAAGUCUGAAUCUCCAUCUAUAUUUCAUUAUUCUCAUCACAGAAACUAAAGCAUUAUUUAUCAGUUUAGCUUGGCUGCAAAACAUAAUUGCUAUAGCUAAAAAGUUUAUUAGCUUUCUAUUAUUACCUUCUAAAAGGUAGCUUAAAAUAAUGACUAUGAGCAAAGUGUGGCACAUAUAUAAUUAGCUCAACUGUUCACAUUAUUUGUGUAUAGCAACAGGUUUAAUUACUUUAUCAUUCAUUCACCUUCAUGGACUCAGCUCCUUGUAGUUCUUGGCUGCAAGCCUUGUUCUCUCUCUUGGCAUUGGGUUGGGUCUUGAGCUGUUGUGGAGGUGUUCGUGGAGGGACCACCCCAACAAAAGUGAGCAGCUUCUCAAAGGUGGAGGAUGCUGUGAACUUCCACAUUUAUUAUGGCCAGACCUUCAAAGUCAUUAAAAAUGCUAUUGAUGGCCAGAGCUACCUUCUUCUCCAGAAUAAUUCAAGGAUUGCAUCAAGGACUAAAUACUGCACCUCAAGAAUCAAAUCAUUUGUCAUUCCAUUGUCAAACUAUUCUGUUGAUACAGAUUAUUUUCCAGUUUCCUUCUUAGAGAUUUUAGGUUUGCUGGAGAGCUUGAAAGGCAUAACAGCAGACUCGGUGGCUUCUCCAUGUGUCUUGAAAUUGCGUCAAGAAGGGCAGAUUCAAAUAUUAAACAAAAGUGAUUAUCAACAGAUUGCACAGUUCUCAGCACACUUCUAUAGUGACACUGAUCAACAACCAGCUUGCAACUUUGCAACUUUUGUUCCCUUUGUCGAGGAUACGCCUUUGCAGAGAGCAGAGUGGAUCAAGUAUAUUGGAGCUUUUGCAAAUGUUGAAGCUAGGGCCAAUCAAGUUUAUGCUGCAGUUAAGGAGAAUUAUUUGUGCAUGGCUAAACUCACAACGAAUCGAACAUCAUUCAAGCCAACAGUAGCUUGGAUGAAGUAUGAUAAUGGUGUUUGGUCUUUUACAAAGGAAGCAUAUCAAUUGAAGUAUGUAGAAGAUGCGGGAGGAGAGAAUUUGGAUGCUUCUAUAAACAAGAACACUUACAAUGUCUCUAAUCCUGAUGAUGUAGAGGAACUCCAUGCCAUCUUAUGUACCGUGGAAGUAGUCAUCGACGAAACAUUAACUUCUGAUCCAGCCAACUACAUGCUAUCAACAUUUAUCCAAAAUUUAAACAUUGAAGAUCGUUCUUGUUUUUCCUUUCUUACAAACACAAGCCUAUGGAGAUAUGACAAAAGGAUUCAAAAUUAUACACUAGAUUGGUAUAAUGGAGCAUUGGCCCAACCUCAAUUGGUAUUAGCAGAUCUAAUUGAAGUUUUAUUUCCUACCGGAAAUUACAAUAUGACUUACUUUAGGAACCUUGCAAAGGGAGAAGCACCUAUAAACAUUGGUCCUGAAAUGUGUGAUAGGAAUACUUCCACUACAAUGGACCCUACAGUAGUAGCAUGUGGAUGAUUAUAUCUCAAAUCUCAAAUUACUUUUUUCUUUUAAAAAAAAAUAUAGGAUCUAUACGUUUUUUAAUUAUUAUUAUUUGUACUCAGCAAUGAGUAUCGAUAGUUCUAUACACAGAAUGUAAUAAUGCCACUUUUUUGUUUGGUACCAUUUUAACUACAAAAAUUGAACUUACGACUAUUGGUUAUGAAAUUAAAGAACUUACCAUCUUGAUUAAUUUUAAGUUAAUUAGUA